AAAAAUAAAAUAAAAAAUACAAGUGGAUAACUUUAGAUGGAUAUAAAUUUGACCCCUGUUCUUGAUGUCUUUGUACCAUUUAGCUAACCAAUCUUUCUACAAACUAAGAGACAGCAACUAGCCAUGGUGUCUAAUAGUCUUGCAAGUUUUCUACUUGUUCUUUUUGUUUCUUCUUCCUUGAUCUUCACAGAAGCUCAGAGGCCUGCUUUAGUGAAGGGUCUUUCAUGGUCAUUUUAUCAGUCAAGCUGCCCUCAGCUUGAAUCCAUUAUUAGGAAAAGGCUUGAAAAGCAGAUCAAGGAUGAUGUUGGCCAAGCUGCUGGUUUACUUCGCCUUCAUUUCCACGAUUGCUUUGUUCAGGGAUGUGAUAGUUCAGUGUUGCUAGAUGGAUCAGCAGGAGGGCCAAGUGAGCAGACUGCAAUUCCAAAUUUGACUCUAAGAAAGAAGUCAUUCAAGAUCAUUGAUGAUCUUAGGAAAAGGAUCCAAGCUGAAUGUGGCCAAGUUGUGUCUUGCUCUGAUAUUACUGCCAUUGCAGCUAGGGACUCCGUCGUCUUGACUGGUGGCCCCAACUACGAUGUACCCUUGGGAAGAAAGGAUGGACUUAACUUCGCAACAGAACAAGCGACCAUAGACAACCUCGUCGCACCCUUUGCCAACACCACAGUCGUCCUCGAUCGCCUCAGAGCCAAAGGCCUCGACGCCACUGAUGCUGUCGCCUUGUCCGGCGCCCACACCAUCGGAAUCAGCCAUUGCACUUCCUUCACCGACCGUCUCUACCCUAACCAAGACUCCACCAUGGACAAAACAUUUGCCAACAACCUAAAACGCAGUUGCCCCACAGCUGACUCGAACAACACGGUUAACAUGGACAUUCGGAGCCCUAAUGUGUUCGACAACAAGUACUACGUUGAUCUCAUGAAUAGGCAAGGGCUUUUUACGUCCGACCAAGAUUUGUAUACGGAUAGAAGGACUCGAGGAAUUGUUACGAGCUUUGCUGUGAACCAAUCAUUGUUUUAUGAGAAGUUUGUGAUUGGUAUGAUCAAGAUGGGACAGUUGAAUGUGUUGACUGGUGGACAAGGUGAGAUUAGGAAUAGGUGUGAUAGGAAGAACAAGAAUAAGAAGGUUGACAUUGCUACUGUUGUUGAAGAGUUGGAGGAAACUUUCUCUGCUUUGUUUUAAGUUUUAUCUUUUGUUUCUCUCUUUUUGUUGUUGUAAUAAUAACGAGUGUCUUAGCUUAGCAUAAUAAUAAUAGCCUUUUGUUUUGUGGUGUAAUGAAAGGAGAUAUGUUUUGGAUCUCCUUAUUGUUCCUUCUAGAAGAGUUUUUUAUAGCUCCAUGAUAUCAACAAAUUGUGUUAGU